UCGACCGAGCGCAGCGUAGCCGCGAGCUCAGCCCUGCCGCCGCCCCCACGCCGGGGGAUUGCGAGCGCGGACCCCGCGCGUCAAUCCACGGGCGGCUCCCACCCUCUCCCUCGCCCGAAACAUGGCGCGUGCUGGCGGCACGGCGCGGACGGGCGCCUGAGAGCCUACGCCGGCAGCGACAGCAUUCGGCGCCACGCAGCAUGCACAGCCUGUACGGUGACCACCACGGCCAGGGCUACUACCGCUACAGCGGCUACUCGUCGCCGCCGGCGGCGGGCGGCUCCGGGGCCAGCUCGCCCGCGCUGCAGCUUUACGGUGCGGCGCACGGCCAAGAGCCGCUGGGAGCGUACCCGGGCCGCAUGGGUCGCCAGCCGCAGUACGUGGCGGCACCGUACGCGGCAGGUGCCAUGGCCAUCCAGCAGCAGGCGCCCAAGGACAUGGUCAAGCCGCCCUACUCGUACAUUGCGCUCAUUGCCAUGGCCAUCCAGAAUGCGCCCGAGAAGAAGAUCACGCUGAACGGCAUCUAUCAAUUCAUCAUGGACCGGUUCCCGUUCUACAGGGAGAACAAGCAGGGCUGGCAGAACUCCAUACGACACAACUUGUCGCUCAACGAGUGCUUCGUCAAGGUGCCUCGCGAUGACAAGAAGCCCGGGAAGGGCAGCUACUGGAUGCUUGACCCGGACAGCGUCAACAUGUUUGAUAACGGCAGCUACCUACGCCGACGCCGGCGCUUUAAGAAGAAGGACAGCACCAAGGACGCCGCCAAGGACGAGGCACAACGGAAGACGGCUGAACUGGUGGACAAGAAACCGGCAAUCAAGCCCCAGGCGAAUAACGGCCCCAGCAGCGGCCGCACCACCGGCGAGAGUCACCAGGCGGUCACUCCCAAGACGGAGCCCGUGGCCGACUCCUGCCUGCUUGCCUCGUGCAAGUACGAGGCGCGACCCCUGGUGCAGCCGCUUGGCGAGCAGCAAGGGGCCCUGGCACUUGACCCGUCCUUGUCCGCAUUCAGUGUGGACAGCCUUAUGACGCGCGACCAGGCGGCGGACGAGCUGAGCCACUACUCGCGGCCCCUCUUUCAAGCUGCCAUGACACCGUGCCCGAGCCCGGCGACCCUAAGCUACACGUGCAGCUCGCCGGGAGUGUACGCCGACAGAGGUGGCUCUACCAGCGAUGAGGUCGCGGCAGUCAGCGGCACGGACGCCCUGCCGGCCGGGCAACAGCAGCACUACGCAGGUUCCCGGCCGGCCUGGUACACCAUGCAGCAGCAGUUGCUCGACCCCUCCGAAGCGUACGCGGCCUCCAACGGGUUCAGGGAAGCGUACGCAGGUGCGAGUGCCGCGCCAGGAAGCAACAGCACCACCAGCGGCCAGAGUUCCUACCAGGUGGGCUUCCCGCUCAACAACGCUUACCAGAGGUCCUACACGGCAGGCUACGACUGCACCCGAUACUAGGUACUGUGGCACCUCCUCUCUAGAACACGUUCUUCGGUCGUACUGCUCCGUGCCCGUGGUCUGUGCGUGAUCCGUCUCGACCAAGAGGCUUCUGGAACGUGAACAUUUUGUGUGGAUGUGAACUGGCACGAAUUCAAGGGCCCGUGCUGCGCUUCAGUCUUAGGACGCGUUGCCCGGCCACAAUAAUGGACACGUGCUGCUAGUCUCUGAAUGAAAAGUGUUAGGUAAUGUCCUCAUGUUGUUUCGAUAUGUAUAUGCAUCCAUGUCCUGCUCAUAUUCUGUGGGCAGAGGUGGACACCACUGAGGCGAAGAGGCGACAGCAUGCUUCUCGCUUCAUUGUGGUCCAACUCUGCCCAUUGAUGCUUGUCAAGCAUAAUCAUUUUUUUUCUGCAGGCAGUAAGCGCUGUAUAAAUCUCAUACCAUUAAAAAAUGCAUGAAAAAAAUCCUAAAUUUCUAAAAAAAAAUGAGCUUGUAAGGAACGCAAAUGGGUGCUUUGUGUGAUGUUAUUAUCGCCAUUUAAUGUCAGUACCAUCACGCACUACACUCAGAAAAAGUUGUGACCACUGUAAACGAAUUUUGCAGAGGGAAAAGGAAAUAAUAAUGUGACUGCUGUGAGAACUGCUUUGGGUUUUUGCGCGUUUACUCCAAUUAGUCCAGCGAUGUAAUAUGUAGUCGGCGUGCGUAUUCGUCAGAGGCGGUCUGCUAUCAUCCCUGUCCGUUAGCUUUCUCACAGUGUCCUUUGAGAUAAAUUUGAACGGGUUUUGCCACCAAUGCUUGGCUUUAGACUGCAAUUUACACGACUAAUAUGUCGAGGCAAGAGAGCAAUUUUGGCAUCGUUAAAACGUAAUAAUAGUUCAAGAUCUUUCAUCUAUUUCGCUCACCUCGUCUUGACAUUUUACCUCAUGCUUUAAGUCAGUCGGCACGGAAUCUGCUACACAGCGGUAAUCAUUUACCGAAGUUUUUUGUAGUGGGGAUGAAGCGAACACUUCCCCUGUUUGCACGCGAUCCUUCCGCUGUGCUCCCGUUUUUUAAUAAUAUCAUAUUUUUGGAAGAUAUGUCUUUCGUUGUUGGCUACCUGAUGAAGCGCGAGAUGCUGGCCUGUCUUCAAGUCUUAUGACGCUCGGUAAAUGGAAAUACUGCGCCAUGAGACAAGCAAAGAAAAAAUGUAAGGAAGGAAGAAAAGAAUGGCAGCUUAAUUUGAGCCGGGAGGGUAAUGCUGAAUGGAGCCGCUCUCUACUACCUUCGGCAGAAGCACGCAAGCCACUGUGUGCGUCACUACAGUUGUUACUGGGCCGUGUGGAGUAGCUUGUGAGCAACUUCUAGCGUUCCAAAGCAAUGAAUGGUGAUCACAAUGGUUGUUCGCACUAUCGAGAGCUCUCGAGCGCCAUGGAAGCAACAAAAGCCACGCUAACGGGUUCCAGAGUCAGCUGCUGUCACAAGCGCAGCUAUCACAAGCGCUUAAUGAAGGUUUCACUUUAUCUCUAACAUAUUACAGUGCCCUGAGAGAAUCGGCCAAAGCCAGCCUGACGCGCUCGUAGACUUUUGCCUUCCGCCGAACCUACUGCGACGUGCAGCUUAGGUUUAAAACCCACUUUGACACGAAAUGUUUUGGAAGAGAUACACAAGAUGCCGCAAAAGGAAAAAAAAAAGAAAGAAAUGUCUGAGCUGCAAUAGGCGAGAGAAAUAAAACACUGAUCCUAAACAGCAUCAUUUGUUUGUUUUAUACCAAGCCCGUGUGGUCACACGGAAAGUAGCCAGCAGUGGAGCACCCUCCCAAGUUCUCAUUUCUGGUAGUGGCGACCAGGAAUAUCUUCUUACUGUCACCUUUAUUUGCUGCAGUGAAUGACAAUGUCGAGCAUGGUUGUCGAAGGGGUGGAAUCGUUUUGAGUGUCGCACGCAGUCGAUCUUCGAUUGUUCGUCAAACAUCGAAAGUAUAAAAAUGAGCCGCUCGAAUUAUGGCAUGUGUGGCUUUGUGGGGUCAUUUCAGCUAAGGUGACGAAGCUGAAAACUUUUCUGACAAAUCUUCAUAUAGUUUUUUUCACGUUUCUUGUGUAGAAUUAACAAUAACAAUAGCACGUUACCAAACGAGAAUGGGGUUAAUUGAGAUGGAAUAUUUUAAGGAGGUUGCUUCAUAUUGCCUAAAUAGCCGAAUAUCACGUUCUCGACGGCAUAAGCAUCUUGACCGCCGCUCGCAGCACGGCACUGGGGAUGGUGAAACGUGAUGGGACGCUGCACUGCGGAGGUCGGUCACGUUUUGCCAAAGCGUUGUGUUAAUGUUCGCGCGGACGAAUUAAAUUAACGCGAGUGCAAAGCCACCCUUGAGCAAGAUAGCACCAUACAUUGGACUGCAACAUUUCCGUUUUGGUACCACUUUUCUGAGCUAGGAAACUAGUUUCAAUAGACAAACUUUCUUUUCCUGAGGGGUAAAUGUUUAUUCGAUAAACAGCACAAUUCAAUACAUCCUUAAGAACAUGCUUCACUUUCACUUUACUUUUUGAGGCACUCGCGGAGCUCACCGGAGGGGUAGGUCGUAGGUGGAACUGCCGCCCAACAGUACGAUUAUGCGCGAGCAUUAAAUAGAAUAUUCUGUCGGUUGAGCUAGAAGAGGUACAUGACAUUCACGCAUGUAAUGAACGGUUACGCCAGAACUCAUACGCUCCACAUGGUUAUACAGAAAGCAUGUGCUUGCGGUACCGUAGGAAUUAUAGACUGUAUUCGCGCGGACAGCACAGAUUUGUUCAGAGUUAAUUUGCGUUCAUGUUAGAAUGAGUUCUACUAAAACAGGGCGGACUGAGAAGUAAAUGGGGGUACCCUCAAAACGGGAAUUGCUCAUACUUGCGGCAAAAGUGGCCGGAUAAUGAUCACAUUCAUUGAGCCAAGCUCUCCUAGCGGUUUCUGUAUGUAGAAUACAUGAUUCGGCUGACGCCGUUUCGAGCAAAGAGGUCCCGUUAGCCGUGUACAGAAAAAUCACCAUGCAGCCUUCUUGUAUUAUUAAACAACAAUACCUUCCCAUAACUAUUCCGACCCACAUUUCGCUAUACCACUGGAGACGCGAAAACAAACAAAAGAGCAAAUUCGAAGUGUGAUUUAAACACUUCGAAGUAAGAAGUCUACUUCGUUUGUUUCAUUUCUCGGUUAAAUUUCUUUCUCACCAUUUUGGCCACAGAGGCGAGAAGGAACAUUUACGAGAGUUUUGGGGCGAACACAAGCUAUUAUGACUGUAAAUCCUGGAACAUGCAAGGGAUUUAAAGAAAGCAUAUGAGGAAUAAACGCCUGCAUAUCGCGAAGGCAUUUACGUGAUAGAAGGUAUUUACGUGAUACAAACGCUAUAAACCGCUAAAAAGACAGGAAAGGACGGGUCGCACAUAUAACAAUGAGAAUCAUGAAAAAUGUCACGCGCAUACCAUUCGGUAAGGGACUGCAAAUAAGUCUUGCUGCCUUUCUCCGGCUUUGUGGUAUUGCCUUUUGGCAUCGAUGGCCGGCUAGUAGAAUUUUAGGCGCGAAAAUGCGCACGGCAUCUCUUGAACCAAACAGAAGUCUUAUAUUGCGGCACUCUGGUUAGUCCUGGUAUCAAGCUGUGACUCAAUGCUUCACAAGUUUGCAUUUGACAAGCAGCAGCGCUAACUAAGCGAGGACGACGAAAAGAGGAUCACAACACCUCUCUUCUUGGUCCUCGCUUUAGUUAGCGCUGCUGCUUGUCAAAUAUGCACUUCCAACAGCUCGCCCAAGUUUCUCUACUAAUACUUCGCAUGUUUAUAUACGCAGAUCCAGCGCACAUCUUGGAAUCUAUGUGAAGCGAAACUUUCGUGAAGCGCGUAAUCAAACGCUGUAAAUUUGCCCAUUUAAUUCCUGCCUCUUUGGUGUAAAAGAGACUGGCACAUGCGCAUACGCUUUCGUGCACCCGUGCUACGCAAUGGGAGCCACGUGGUGAUCAUCUCAAAGAGCUAGUUCGCGUUGGCACGACAGGAGUAUAUGCGCGUGAUUGUGGUUUACUGGUUGGAGCAUCGGGGCUACAGGGCUGUGCGACCGAGGUUUGAUCCCACAAUCGGGCACGCAAAUAAUUUUUUUUGUUUUGCUGUACGUAUGAGCAAUUCGGUAAGCUAGACAACAGAACCCAGCGGCCGCGGUCAGGAAAGUCUGGGAGGGUUAGCAAAAGAAAGCUUCGCUUCGGCAGUUGGAAGUUAAAAGGUGGUAAAACAUUACCGUUCGUGUACAUAAUUUACUGGCAAUCAAACUACAAACCAUUGGAAGAAUUGGGUCUAACUUUUGCAAUCGCUCAUCUACCCGCUUAGUUUCGCAAAAUUUGUUUCACAAAGGUAAAUUUCCUAUAGUUCCUACUUUCCUACUUGUUGAGCAGUCAGGACUUCACCAUAUUUAAAAUUUGACUGUGUCUAGAAGGUAGAAGGGAAUGCACGUUUGGAGCUAUAUAGACAACGACUGCCGUGCACGAAUAGCCUUGCCACAGCAAUGAUAACCAUUUCAGCUCUCCCACCGUCUCAGAAAUCAGAUGAAAGUGAACACUUUGUAACUUCCUGCGUCAUAGUGAAGCGCUGGGGCUUCUCCGCGACUGCAGGCACGGGUGAAGUGUGCUAACGGAGAACAGCAAUGUGAUACAAAGCGCGAGUUCAUGCACGCAACGCUAUAUGUGAAUGCGGCUACAAGCAGCCUCGUUGGCCAGAACGAAUAUAUUUUUGGACACAUAGCAUGCGCGUAAAGAGGAAAUAUGCUCGCCCUGUUUACAUCUCUUUCCCUCCCCGCAGCGCGCGGGCGAGAGUGUCGUGGGAGUGCGUACAGCCUGCGCGAACGUAAAACCAGCGGCCUCCCCUUCUUUUCUUUUCGCUCAGGACGUAAGGUUCUUGGAGCGCAGCUCCAAACAAGAUGUUCUCUGCCCAGACGUCGGCUUUUCUGGUCCAGAAAUACCGGCCGUCCUGCAGGGCGCUGCGCGCAGAUCGGAUGCGGGCCUUGUGUAAGCAGGGACGCAACUGCGCAUCUCUCUGUUCGCGCUUUCCGGGUGGUUUUUGUCACGGGGGACACCUGAGUGAAAACAUGUUUCAUACUCGGUCGGGUGGCGAAAACUGCUCGGCUCAACUGCUGGAAACGCGGCCGAACAGUCCCUGUCAAGAACUCGACGGGAGGCGCGGGAAUGCGGUUAUUCUGGAGAUUCGCGAGCAAGCUGUCGCCUAGCUUAUGACUUUUUUCAAUUUUCUCUUGAUGCGCUAAGCAACCUGGCAUUUUGAACGAGACGUGCAUUAUUAACUAGCCGGCCUCAAUUCGAAACUACCCGCUUCGGGGACAUUACUUUCCGGUGGCGCAUAUUUCCUAAAGCGGCAAAAGUAGGGGAAAAAAUUGCAAGCAGAUACACUCUCUGUAAGCGUUGUAUAUAUAGAUGCCGCAUAGUUACCGAGUGUGUAGAUGGAUGAGUCUAAAAGCAGAAAUCUCUCCUGCAUGUUUUGCUUUCUUUUCUUUUUUGCAAAAGAGUCAAACGACCACGUUUCUGCAAGCCAAGGAAAGCUGCUUGUAACUUUAACACGUGGGAUAAAAAUGACACUGAUUUCGAUGCAACACCGGAAGUCGAUAUCAAAAAUCGUCGUCUUCAGUCGAAGGUGCCAGGCGCGUUGCUUUCAAUGGGACGUUGCAGCGGGAACGUGCACGCUUACCUCAACAAGUGCCAAAGGUGGGCACUGAGGCACGCAGAAUGUUUCGCCGCGCGAGAGCAAUGUAUCGCAGAGAAAUAUCCUUGCAGAAUACGGCUCUGGGAAUUGCGUUGCUGCGCGCGUAGGCAUGCAGUGUUUUGGCACGCCAGACCAGAAGAGCAAAAGAGCUAGGCUAAAGAGGGUCUUUCACUCAAACAAUACUUCGUUCGGUACACAGUAAAUGACAAAAGAACGACGAAGCCAAAUAUUUCAUUUUUGAACUAAAAGGCUGAUGUCAUUUGUAAAUACCCGCAUUUUGAACACGUGUAAAGUGAGCUUGCUUUCUGAGAAUGCGGCUUCGUUGGCUCACACAGUUAUUAGUACCUUACAUGAAGGAAAGAGCGAAAGGGUCCCAAAUUCCUCAAGAACUUGAAGCUGAGGAGCGCACGGGUGACUCAUUUUGCAUAGUUCCUUUCGAGAGCAGAUGCAAACUCCGCGUGUCAUGCUUGGAAUGCUCGUUUACGACGCAUGUUAAGUUUUGCUGACUGAAAAUAUACUGCUUGCGUGCCGCGAGAAAUAUUUUCAUUGUAUUGUUCACAUACCUAUAUCGAAAUGCUUUCUCAAUAUACGAUAUUUUUGCCCGGCAUUUCGCAGUGAAUGGUCGCGUCGCUUCUUGCUCAACAAAAUUUGGUGAUGUACUACAAGUGCACCAACUGCAACUAGGCCCAGCGUCGUAGUUGCGUUUCCGAAGGGCUCAGCAUAAUAGUGCAUGUAAAUGAAAGGACCAGUCGGUGCCGUUGAAGGACGUAAACGACUUCCAUGUAAUUAGGAUGGAUGAAUUAAUGAAAGCUUGUAUUCAUAGAAAGGGUACCUGACACUAUUAACUGGCUAGGCUGUAAUGAGGUGGGGAUAUGGAACACUACUUUUUUGUAGUUGGUCGGGCAAAAAGAAAAAAAAAAAGUUUUAAUGGUCAUGUAAACAGAUAAAGUCGAAACUUCAGGGUCAGUAUGAAAGAGUACAGUAAACAAUGUUAAAGUAUUACAGCCUUAACCAAAUUACAUAAUGGCAUGCAUCGCCGCUGUUUUACGUAAGAUACUCUACUGCGUUUUUGGUUUGCUAAUCGCCUGUGGAAUUGCUGUAAGCUGACAGGGAAAAUACGAUAACGCCCAAGCAGCACUUCCACCGUCGGUAACAGUGUAGGCUGGCGCACCGCAAGCAUGCAAUGCAUUGCACAGAAAAAAAAAGAAAAAGAAAAACGAGACACUAGAACAAAGAAAGAGUAAUAAUCAUGUCAUGUUUCACGCUGCUAUAUGCAUAGCAAAACGAAAUAGUCGCCAAGAUGCUAUAGGUUAUCGCGCUGACCAACUUCUGGAGCUGGACGGUGGCAGUAUACUUGGCUUGUUUUAAAAGAAUACGGCGUCCAUGGCAAGUACGUCUUACUGCGAUAAGUCUACGCAGAAAAAUAUCUCUGCAGACCUGAGAAACAUACAGCGUCACAUUCACGACACAAAGAUUCGGCUUCUAGGCCUUACUAUGCCGCAAUUAAACCCUAGGACUCCUCAGUUUAGAUCAAAAGGCAGACAAAAUGUGCCAGUUCCGGCUAACAGCCUCGUUUCGAAAGAAACUCGAAGCAUUUUCAUCUUCUGGGCUGCUGCGGCGCCGUAUACGCAUGCAUAUAUAUGCCGGCGCUCCGAACAGGACGCUACAAAAACCAAAUAAUCAGACGACUCGCACCAAAUAGAAGCCGCUUAUGGAAACAAACAGGCUUCCGGAACUUAGACAUUGUUUUCUUUUCAGGAGGUCAGGUGCGGAGCAGUUUAUGUAUCGCCCACACUUAAGCCGGCUAGGUGCGUGGCAACAGGGACGCUUCAAUUGCCUUUAAAGAAAAGGCGGCUCUUCCGUCUCGUGUGUUCUUUCGCGUUAUCGUUUUGAUAUUAAAUUUCAUGCGAGUGUUUCUGUGUUUAGGUUGAUGUUUAAAAGCAUAAAGAAAAGCUCGAAGGUUUCUGCAUAGAGGCUGCGCAGGAGGAGGACAGGCAAUGGCUUUCGGAAUGGAAACACACGAAAUGGCUAAGCGAUCCAUGCCGCUAUGUAGGUGCACGUAUCUACAUGUGGCUGCAAAUGCACUUGCAACGUC